AUGCCACAAACGAGUUGGCGAAUCUGUCUGAGGAGUCCCAAUGGCGAGCAUCUACACACAUAUUUCGAGGAACAGACGAUCGCGACGAGACUGCUGCGUGGCCACCAGCCAGAUUCAAUGACGACCCGUCCAACAUUCCCAACGAUGAGGCAUACAACAUCCCAUACGAUCCCGCAAGCAAGAAAGCCAACAGUAGCGAAUUUAAGCUAUUCUCCGACUCAGUGCAGAACAAGGCAUCAAAUGUCCCGCCAGCUAAGCUGGUCGCCAAGCGCUAAAUACCAACGAACCAAGUCAAAAAGUCUGAGCAGGGCAUCACUCUUUUCACGCUUACAGGCAUGGGGGUUCCGAAAGAGAUGUUUGAGCCUAUGCUUGAAGACCUUCUACCUCGACUGCGCAACUUAUCUCCCUGUGCAGCCCGGGGGAGAGCUACCGAAGAACCUUGAGCCACGCAAACCAACAGGCCAAGCUCAACAGCCUACACGACAGAAUCUUCACGUCUUUGCACACAGCCUCGGCGCCCAAGCCGCUAUCCUCGCUUCCGUCCACGCACCAAACAUCUUCAGCAGCCUCAUGGUCGUCGACCCAGCUAUGAUUCCCGCCGGAAAGAUCAACGACGCUAUGACAAAGCUUCCAAAAGAUAUCUUCUGUUUAGGUCUCAAGCAAAACUUCCCAGAUCGGAACGCCGUCGAGAAAGCACUCCGCGAGACUAAACGUACAAAGAACUGGGACGAACGCGCCAUCCGUAUGUUCACCCAGCACGGCAUCGUCCCCGACGAAAAGGGAGGCGUCAAACUCAUCGCCCAUCCAAGACUCGACUGGGCUUUAUGGUACGACAAGCAGACUCCCGCGGAGUGUUAUGAUCGGUUCAAGGAUAUAAGCGUUCCGUUGCUUGCUAUCAUGCCCAAGAGGCCUUUUGCUGUGCCGGCGAAGAUGUUUGAGGCUGAUGUUGGGAAGUUGAAGGGGAGGGUUGAUGUUAAGUGGGUUGAGGGGACGCAUCAAGUUGUUUAUGAGAGGAUGGAUGAUUGUGUUGGGUUUGUGGGGGAGUGGUUGGGGGAUAUUGCUGGCGAGAAGAGAGCUAAGCUGUAG